AUGGACAUCCAGCUGCCUAGCAGCCGAAGAGCGAAGAACCUCUGGUUCGACGACGGGAAUAUCGUCUUCCUUGCUGGCGAUCUCGCAUCAUUCCGGGUCUACCAGGGUAUCCUCAGCGCUAUUUCCCCAGUCUUUCAAGACAUGCUCUCCGUGCCACACCCCGAGGAUGCGAAGACCGUCGAGGGAUGCCCAGUGGUCCGCGUCUCUGACUCUGCGGAGGAUUUCACACGCUUCUUCGAGUGGGUCUUCCACAUCCAUCGAGACAGUUUCGUGUAUGGCGCGCAGCCUCUGCCAUUCACCCAGCUCGCAUCCGUCCUGCGCAUAGCGCACAAGUACGACGUCGCGGACGCCGCUGCGAUCGCCGUCGACCGACUGUCGCGCCGCUUCUGCGCCCCCUUCGACACCGCGCUCAGCCGACGCGUGAGCUGGGACGAAAUCGAAGCCCACCUAAACACGACCCACGCCGCUGUCGCCUUCACCCCCUCCGAUGCGUUCGAGGCGCUCAACCUCAUGCGUCUCGUGAACAAGAGCGCGCCCGUCAAGGGCCCGAACGCGGUGCGCUUCGCGGACCGCACGCUCGCCGUCGCGCUCUUCUACUGCUGCGUCGCGGCAGAACAGAAUCCGCGUCUCCUCCGAACUGGCACCCCACGCGCGGACGGGCAAGUCGAGGUGCUGAGCGACGAAGACUUCGAGCGGUGCGUGCGCGGGCUCGCGUUGCUCCGACAAGAGAGUUUGGACGUCGUGUCGCGGGCGAUGGUCGUGUAUGGGGACAGGUACGAGGGCUUCAAGGACAUAAUCCAGUGCAUGCUUCCGCCUCGAGUAUGCAAGGACAACGUCCGGCGGCCGACAGCGACCGCUCAGCUAACGGAGUACGGGAAGAAGCGUGCCGAGGCGCAAGAAAGUGUGAGGGAUAUGUGGGUGUAG